AUGGCUAUCACCAGAGCAAAUCUUCCACCUCUCCUACGCGCCGCCACCGCACUCCACCCUCCCCACAUCCCCCACCACAACUCUCCGACGUCCUUUCUCCGCUCUCACCCUCCCAACAUCAUUAUCCCAAACCCCCACUUGUUCUCCACCUACCUUCACCGCCGCGUCCGUCCACGCGCCACCGCGUAUCCCAACCCUUUAAACCUCAGCUUUUCAAAUCAACACUUGGUCUCCCGAAGCCUGCACACACGCGCCAUCGCUCUUCACAAGCGUCGAAGAAAUGACGACAUCUUGCGUUACGCUCUAAUUUUCGGUGGCAUUGCAACAGCAGGAGGGAUUAUGAUCCUGUUGUACAAAAUGGAAAAAAAACCAAGAAUGUUCACAACCGUAAAUCGUAAUCUGGAGCUGAGGUUUUUCGGCUUCAUACCAGAUAUGUACCGUAAGGGACACGGCGUAGUCGUUGAGCUUCUGGCUCGACCUUAUGUUAAAAAUGUUAGAGCCCAAGGUCCUUGGGAAUUCUAUAUCUCAGCUACAGAGGUGUUAGCUCAGCGUCAUCAUGCUGCCACCGCCUUUCAAAGGAAUAAGACAAUUCUUACCGUGAAGAAAAUAUAUUCUCAGGACAGCGAUGGAAUUCUUGCAACAACUACUCGGCGUCGAAUUUUUAGCGGCGAAAGCUUUACCCCUGGCGAUGAUUUGUCCAUGUCUGAGUUGAAAACGAUUGUGUUCAAGUUAGACUUAGAAUAUGAUUCCACAAUGACUCAAUUUGUUUUAUUCACAUUCGAUAAGCUCGAAGACUUGCCAAAGUUGCUGAAAGAAGGACACUCGGUUUUUAUUAAGGGUUUGAUCAACUUACCUUUGAAUUCGAUUAAGCAUGACAAGAUGGACGAUGAUUGGCCUAAAAUCGUGGUUGGCAAAACUGAAAAAAUGAAAUAUAUCUUCUCAGCUGAGCCGAUAGCGAAGGACGAUGAGAGGUAUUAGGUAUAUGCCACGGGAAGCUGCUUACUGCAAUUCAGCAGCAUAGUGCGGAGUAACAAAAAUGCCAUGGCGGAGAAGAAUGGGUAUCACAAUAUUGUAGUUCUUAAGACACUUUACAUUUGCUGAAUCUUUGUAGUUAGUUUAUGCCUA